AUGUCUGCUUCUAGCAUCUCUCCUCGUCGGGAGCCCCAGCGCUGGAAGACCCUCUACAGAAUGCUCACUCGCCCCGGGCCUUUUUGUGAUCCGGAUUGGGUGCCCGGCCCAGAAACAAUCACUGAUCUCGAAACUUCUAAAAUUCUAGGAGCUGGAGGGUUGGGAUGUGAAAUCCUGAAGAACUUGGCCCUAUCUGGAUUUAAAGAUAUUCAUGUCAUUGAUAUGGAUACUAUCGAUAUAUCAAAUUUGAAUCGGCAAUUUUUGUUCCGCCAAAGUGAUGUUGGAAAGCCUAAAGCUGAAGUGGCAGCUGCUUUCGUGGAGCGAAGGGUGAAAGGCGUCAAGAUUACUCCCUACGUUGGCAAAAUCCAGGACAAGGAUCAAAGUUAUUACAUGCAAUUCAAAAUGAUUGUCUGUGGGCUUGACAGUGUUGAAGCACGGCGCUGGAUAAAUUCAAUGCUGGUUGGGAUGGUGGAUGGUGAGAAUCUGGAGAGCUUGAAACCGUUGAUCGAUGGUGGAUCAGAAGGCUUCAAGGGACAAGCUCGAGUUAUUCUUCCUACACUCUCUUCUUGUAUCGAGUGCCAACUCGACAUGCAUGCACCCCGGGCCGCAGUGCCAUUGUGCACCAUCGCGACGAUUCCUCGACAGCCACAACACUGCAUUGAAUGGGCGCAUCAAAUUGCAUGGGGCGAACAUCGUAAAGAUGAAGAAUUUGAUGGCGACGAUAUGGAGCACAUAACAUGGAUUUAUAACACGGCAUUUGAACGAGCGAAGAAAUUCAAUAUCCCUGGCGUGACUUUCUCGAUGACUCAGGGUGUCGUAAAAAACAUUAUCCCCGCAAUCGCUUCUACAAACGCUGUGAUCGCAGCUGCCUGCACCUCGGAAGCGCUGAAGAUUGCGACGUCCUGCAACCCUUACUUAGAGAACUAUAUGAUGUACGCCGGCGAAGAAGGUGUCUACACCUACACGUUCGCCGCCGAACAGAAGAGCGAUUGCCCUGUGUGUGGCGAUUUGGCGAAGCCUCUUAUAGUAGAUCCCGAAUCGACUUUGGAAGAUUUUAUACUAUCUCUAGGAGAAUUACCGGAAGCCCAACUCAAAUCUCCCAGUUUGAGAUCAGAGGCGAAGAUGCUUUAUCAGCGUGUUCCCCGACAGUUGGAGGAGCACACAAGACCGAAUUUGAAACAGAAAUUAAAAGAUCUUGUUGCUGAUGGUGACGAAGUAGCUGUUAGCGACCCAGCCCUACACGAUCGACUUUCGAUUUAG